AUGGUACGUCAAGUGAGUCUCGAGGAAGCAUUCAACUUUACGAGAUUGAGCGUUCGUCUCGUGUGUACUUGGCCACCAUCGACGACAGCAACGAAAUCCAAAAUCAUUCAGGAGAAUGUAGCCUGGUGGAUUUCGUUUUUAAGCGUCUUUUGCCUCUUGAUCCCACUUUUGGCAUCGAUCCAAAAAUACUAUUCGGAUCCGAUCGUUCUUACGCAAACGAUGUGUUUCUGUUCUGCUUGUGCAACGAUCAUUAUGAAAACCCUGGUUUUGAGAAUAAAUCGAGAUGAAUGUCAGUACAUGAUCAGCGAGAUGGAAGAGUUUGUAAAAACUUGUGAAAGUCACGAGCGACGAGUGCUCCAAAGUUACGUCGACAAAUUAUGGAUGUUUCACGGGAUAAUUUCGUUCAUGAAUUAUCUCGCGUCCGUACCAGUGAUUUUCGGUCCAUUCGUUUUCCCUGAUCAAGCGAUGCCGACUGCCGCGAUCUACCCGUUUUCCAUCGAAUCCGGAGUCCUCAUGUACCUCGUUUUCAUCCACCAGUCCAUCGUGGGACUUCAGACCUCAGCAGCUCUUACGAUCGAUUGUCAAAUGGCAGUGAUCAUGUGGUUCGCUGGUGCGAGGCUCGAAAUUCUUGCUCAGGAAAUCAGUGACUCUCCCAACGUCAAAGAGUUUCGCUCGUUCGUCAAAAAGCAUCAACGACUCGUGGCCUACGCCGAACGAGUGUCCGGCACCAUGUGCUACACUGCGCUCAUCACUACAGUCGUUUCUGGUGUCGCUUCUAUCAUGUGCUGCAUGCAGUUUGUUGGUAAUCAACCAUUGAUGGUCCAAAUGCAGUUUGGUCCCGUAACGAUCGUUGGUUUAACAAAUCUCAUGAUCUGCACUUGGCCGGCAGAAAACAUGAUAAAAGUCUGCAAUCUGAUCGGAACUGCUGUUUACAACGCUCCGUGGUUUGACAUGUCACCAGAACAGACGAAAGACAUUGUCAUGAUAUUACAGAGAUCGCAGCAACCUGUUCAAGUUUCCAUCGGUGGUUUCCUUCCCGCACUUUCCUUUCGGUUUUACUCCUCGUUUUUGUCGACUGUGUUUUCCUACUUCACGACUCUUCGGCUGGUCAUGUCGGGUGAUGAGAAAUAAUUCGUUGACUCAGUGUCCUGACGCCUCUUGAUCGACUUUUUCUACUUUGUAGACUUUGAUACUACGAAA